AAUAUUUGUUUCCUUUUUUUUUAUACUUCUUUUCUCCUUUCAGUCUUUGUAUACCAAAGGCUACUCGUAUUGAACUUUGAAUUGUUCCACCUUCUUCUGUCCGAAAUGAUUAAAUUUAAGAAUUGCAUUUUGUCCCUCUGGAUUGGUAGAGGUUUAAUAAAAUAGCAAACAUGUUCCGCGUUUCCCGACUGUGUCACGGUUGCGAAACCCAGGUAUGAAAUAGUACUGGCCGAAAAAAACUUUGGAGCAGACAAAGAGGAAAAAAGGCCUGAGAGAGAGAGAGGACCGGACCCACAGCGACACGAAACCUGUUUGACCAACCUGAACCACAAAGAGACGGCAACUCGGAGUAAAGGUGAUGAUCAACAUGGCUGCGUUUGCUGUACUGCUAUCCACACUUCCCUUGGCGCUCUGCUACCCUGUGCUAGAUUUGGAUCUGGAGUCCCGUAACAGAUCAUCUAUACGGUUUAUUGCACUUGGAGACUGGGGAGGCCUUCCCUACGCUCCUUUCAUCACUCCAAUUGAAAAGGCAACUGCCAAUGAGAUGGGCAGGGUGGCGCAGACGAUGGGCGCAGAUUUUGUGCUGGCACUCGGUGACAACUUUUACUACAGCGGUGUCCGCGAUGUGGAUGACGCCAGGUUUAAGGAGACAUUUGAACAGGUGUUCACAGCGGACUCUCUCAAGCACGUGCCAUGGUAUGUCGUCGCAGGAAACCACGACCACUCUGGAAACGUGUCGGCACAGAUCGCCUACAGCCAGGUGUCGAAAAGAUGGCACUUCCCGUACUAUUACUAUGAACUGCGCUUCCGUAUCCCUCAUACCAACGCCACACUCAGCAUCCUCAUGUUGGAUACCGUCCUGCUGUGUGGAAACUCUGAUGACUUCACGGACGAGCGUCCACGAGGGCCUCUCAGCUUGGGGGCGGCGGAGGAGCAGCUGACGUGGCUCAAAGAGAGGAUGCGGUCAUCUCGGGCUGAUUUUCUGCUGGUGGCCGGACACUACCCUGUGUGGUCAGUGGCUGAGCAUGGCCCCACUCACUGCCUGCUAGAGAAAGUGCGACCUCUCCUGCAGAAAUACCACGCUACGGCCUACCUCUGCGGACAUGACCACAAUUUACAGUACAUUGAGGAAUCUGGGAUCGGCUACGUGCUGAGCGGGGCUGGAAACUUUAUGGAGGAAUCCAUGAAACACCAGGAUGAGGUGCCACCAGAGUCCCUGAAGUUCUUUUAUGCCGAGUACACGUCACUUGGUGGCUUUGCACACAUUGAGAUCACCGAGAAGGAAAUGACUGUGACGUUCAUUCAGGCACGUGGGAAAUCUCUGUACCGGACCACCCUGCCUCGUCGCACCCCCUUUUAGAGCUGGGACUGGGUAGAAGCAGUCAUACUUUUGCUGUUGUGUAGUCCUAAUCAUCCACUCAGUGUGUUUGUGGUAACUAACACUUUAUUCUUCACCAUUUUGUUUUUAUGCUCUGAAGGACGAGGUAUAAAAAUAGAACACUGGCAGGGAAGGCAGGUGAUACGCAGGCCAACUACGAGUCAAAUCGGGUUAACAUCAAACAACAUGGCACAGGAAAACAAAUGCAAAUGUUGUCUGGCCUUCUAUGUGAAGUGUGCGCAGAUACAGGACAGUAAGGCUUUCUCUCCCUGGCUCUGUCCCUUCAGCCACUCCUGUAUUUCUAACAUUCUGUGACGCUCUUUCUAAAGUUUUCACAACCACUUGACUCUGAAAACUGGUCAGUGCGUUUAACAGAGCUCUCCAGUAGGUGGCGCUGUGAGACCGCAGUGUUGUGAGGUCCAAGUUAAGACUUUUUUUCUUUUUUUAAUUAAUCCAAAGAGCCUGAAUUGAAAUAUUUUACUUCUUUCUUUCCUAAAUUUAGCGCUUUUAAAUGACUCAUUUAGUGCAAAAUGAGCAGCAGUGAACCAUCUGAAACUUCAUUUUGGAGUCCAGUUUUAAUUUUUCUGUUGCUUUUUUGUUCUUUUGUUUACCACAUUUGUGCUGUCAUUUUAAUUCUGUGAUUCCGCAGUCGUCAUAAAUCCUGACAAUCCGUGUCUCGGUUAAAAGUAGGACCUCUUGCUGUAUUCAUUAAGAAAAGUGAAGUGUGUCUGAAACUAUUUGACUCCAAUUAUCAGUGUGACCUUUUGUUGUUUGUGUUACGAUUUCAGUGCUGGGCUCUGAACAUUUUGUUUUUGUUGAAUGAC